UCUCUGUGAAAUACGCACAUACAAAUAUGUCAUACAUUGAUCAUAUAACAUUAUCGAACCCUGUGUCAAAAGAGUGUAGUCAUUUAUGGAAAAUCAACAAUUAUUCGGCUAUCGUGGGAAAACCAGGCGAGAAACUGAGAUCCGAAAAAUUUUCAGCUCCUGAUGAUAAUUUCAAUUGGUGUUUGGAACUCAAGGUCUGCGAAUUUGCAAUAGUUCAAUUCAGACUGCGUCCUGAUUGCUACGACGACCUUAGAAAGUUUGAAUCGGUAACUGGACAUGUGGAAUUCCACGUUGAGGAACCGAACUUAGGUCUUGUUAUGUCUAUAGCUGAAAAAGCUUCUUUCACCUUUAUGAAUGACGAUGAUAUUGAUGACCAAGAACUGGACUUUGGUGGCACUAUACCCGGAAUAAGCAUUGAUCAAAUCAAGCAAUUUAUAAGUGAAGAUGAAUUAUUGAUUCGUUGCCAGGUCAGCUAUUUCAAGAAAAAUGAAAUUGUCGCGAUUUUUUCUUUAAACAAUUCGAAUUCCGUUAGAAUGGCGGAAUGCAGUCUUUUAAGUAAUGACAUGGAAAAAUGUUUCAACGAAGACCGUUUCAAAGAUGUGAAAAUUUUGGUGAAAGGUGAAGAGUUCCGAGCUCAUAAAAUGAUUUUAGCUACUCGUAGUUCCGUGUUUGAAAAAAUGCUCUGUGUAGACAUGUUGGAAAGCAAGAAAAAUUACAUUGAUAUCACAGAUAUGGAACCAGCAACUUUCAAAGAAAUGUUACGCUAUAUUUAUACCGGGAAGGUGAAAAAUUUGGACGAAUUAGCCUUCGAAUUGCUACCAGCAGCAGAUAGAUUCGAUCUCGAAGAACUGAAGAUCAUGUGUGAAGGAGUUCUGCUCAAGAAAUUAUCGCCUGACAAUGCAGUUUAGAUUCUAAUACUGGCAGAUAUGCAUCGUUCUGAAAAAUUGAAGGCGGGUUGUCUUCAAUUUAUUAAGACGAAUUAUGGGUAUUGCAAGGAUUAUAUCGAUGAGGAAUGGAAGAAGUUAACUUCACAUCAUGAUAAUUUAUUAAAAGACAUGCUGCAUUUUUUUGGUAAUUAUGUAUUUGUAAAGAAUACUUUUGACAUGUAAUUUUUAUAUUUAGUUCCUACCUGUU